AUGACUAGAGGAAAUUCUGGAUUCAUUCCACCCUUCGAUCCUGAGAUUGAUAGGACGUUUCAUAGGUUAAUUAGGCAUUCUAGGAAUUCGUCUUUAGAGUCUAUUUUUGAACCUGUUCCAUUAGAUAUUGUGCAUCCCACUGUUGAGUACUUGUUGCAUACUGCAUCUACUGCAUCUGUUGCAUCUGUACUUGAUUCUGAUUCUGAUUCUGUUAUUUUUCACACUGAGAACAAUAUGGCACAACCUCCACCUCGUGAGAGGACUUUUAGGGAGAUGGCUGCACCUGAUUUCGAUAUUGAAAGCUUGUGCAUCCAAUAUCCUGAUGAGGACGUUCCAUUUGUUCUCAAAACUGGACUGAUCCAUUUGUUGCCAAAGUUUCAUGGUCUUGCAGGUGAAAGUCCGCAUAAGCAUUUGAAGGAAUUCCACAUUGUCUGUUCCAGUAUGAAACCGCAUGAUGUUCCUGAAGAGCACAUCUUCCUGAAGGCAUUCCCUCAUUCAUUGGAAAAUGUUGCUAAGGAUUGGUUGUAUGGUUUGGCGCCUAGAUCUGUCACUAGCUGGGAUGAUCUGAAGAGGCUGUUCUUGGAUAAAUUUUUCCCAGCAUCCCGGACCACAGCUAUCAGAAAAGACAUAACUGGGAUUAGACAAUUAGCUGGAGAGAACCUGCAUGAGUAUUGGGAGAGAUUCAAGACACUUUGUGCUAGUUGCCCCCAUCAUCAGAUACCUGAACAACUUCUUAUUCAGUAUUUCUAUGAGGGUUUGAACAACAUGGAUCGGGGUAUGAUUGAUGCUGCUAGUGGUGGAGCUCUUGGAGACACCACACCUGCUAAUGCCAGACAAUUGAUUGAGAAGAUGGCUUCCAACUCCCAGCAGUUUAGCACCAAGAAUGAUGCCAUUGUGGUGAGAGGCGUACAUGAUGUUGUUGCCCAGUCUUUAUCAACUGUUGAAAGCAAGUUGGAAAACCAGAUUAACUCUCUUGCGAAGUUGGUGACACAGUUGACUACCAACCAGAGAUCUACAGCUUCAUCUGCAUCUGUUGCACGACUAUGUGCUAUUUGUCCUUCCAAUGACCAUUACACAGAUGCAUGUCCUUCUUUGCAGCAUCCUGCUGCCUCUGAUGCGCCUCAGGCUUAUGCUACAAAUAUCUAUAACAACAGGCAACCACAACAGCAAAAUCAUGACUUGUCCACCAACAGGUACAACCCAGGGUGGAGGAAUCACCCCAAUCUUAGAUGGAACAAUGCGCCACAGCAUCAGCAGCAGGCGCCACCUUUCCAAAAUGCUGGAGCACCUAACAGAUAUGUGCCUCCACCUAUGCAACAAUACCAGAGGCAACAACAACAACAACAGCAGCAGCAAGAGACACCUGCCCAACCAGCUGCCCAACCUUCCACUUCGUCUGAACCUUCAUUCGAAGAGUUAGUGAGACAGAUGACUAUGCAAAACCUGCAAUUUCAGAAAGAUAAUAUGCAAUUCCAGCAGGAGACUAGAGCUUCCAUACAGAGUCUGACUAACCAGAUGGGUCAGAUGGCUACUCAGAUAAACCAGGCACAGUCUCAGAAUUUUGAUAAGUUACCAUCCCAGACUGUGCAGAAUCCAAGAAAUGUGAGUGCCAUAACCCUCAGAUCAGGGAAGCAGAUUGUUGUACCUUCAGAGCCCGCUUCUACACCUACACCUACACCCAUGCCUGCCACUUAUCCUAGAGAGGACGACCAUGAUGUAAGAUCUCCUCCGUUGUCUACCACUACCACUGCCGCACCUUCUUCAUUGGUUGACCGACCUAUCCCUCUUCCAUUUCCUUCACGGGCACUUCCUAGCAAAAAGAUGGAAGAGGUGGAUAAAGAAAUUCUGGAGACCUUCAGGAAGGUGGAGGUGAACAUACCUCUACUUGAUGCCAUCAAGCAGAUACCAAAGUAUGCAAAAUUCUUGAAGGAACUGUGCACACACAAGAGGAAGAUGAAGGGCAAUGAGAGGAUUAGCAUGGGAAGGAAUGUAUCUGCGCUUAUUGGUAAGUCGGUCCCGCACAUUCCUGAAAAGUGCAAGGAUCCAGGUAUAUUUUGCAUUCCUUGUGUGAUUGGGAAUAAUAAAUUUGAGAAUGCCAUGCUUGAUUUGGGUGCUUCUGUUAAUGUCAUGCCUUUGUCUAUAUAUGAAUCUUUAUCUCUUGGUCCUUUGCAAACCACAGGCGUGGUCAUUCAGUUGGCUAAUAGGAGUGUUACCCACCCAACAGGUUUCAUAGAAGAUGUCUUGGUAAGGGUUGGUGAAUUGAUUUUUCCUGCUGAUUUUUAUGUUCUAGAAAUGGAGGAGGGAUUCUCUCAUGGAUCCGCUCCUAUUAUCUUAGGCAGGCCAUUCUUGAAAACUGCCCGAACUAAGAUUGAUGUAUAUGCUGGAACUUUGUCUAUGGAAUUUGCUGAUAUUGUUGUUCAUUUUAAUAUCUUUGAUGCAAUGAAAUUUCCAGCUGAGGACCAUUCUCUGUUUAGGAUUGAUACAUUGGAUGACAUUAUUAAUGAAUUUGUUGUUGACAACUUUAAUUCUGUGCAUGAGAAGAAGCAUUCUUUUCUAUCUUCUUUGCAUUCAUGUAUUGAAUCUGGAUUCGAAUCAGGUUUUGAGAAUGAUGUUGAUAAUGUUGUGGAUUUUGAUGAGGAUUGUGAUGUCCAGGAUAUUGAUGCCAUGAAUGAUAUUGAUGAUGUUAUUGACAUAUCUGAGAUGGACAUUGAUUUUAAUAGUAAUGAGAUGUGUGUUCUGCCUUUACCUGUACACUCUUUAGGGUCAGAAUGCAUUAACCAUGUUGCAGGUAGUACACUUGAAUCUGACUUGCAGGCACCCACUCUUGAGUUGAAACAGUUACCAGAUAACCUCAAGUACGUGUACUUGGAGGAUGAUGAGAAGAAACCAGUGAUCAUUUCUACCUCCCUUGAUUCUGUUCAAGAGGAGAAGUUGCUUGGUAUAUUGAGGAAGAACAAAAAGGCCAUUGGUUAG